AUGUCCGCCAAAGACUCCUCCCUCUACGGAGUCCCGCGCCCCAAAAGGGCCAGCGGCAAAGAAAUCUCCUCCAGCACCACUCUGGCCUUCACCUCGCAGCUCUCGUCGCUCAUCGCCGGCGCGGGCAGCAGCACCAGCACAACGAGCGGUCGCGCGCGCGCCUCCACCGGCAAGAAAGACGACAUCUUCAGCACCCACAACAAGGGCGCGCGCAAACGCGCCCUCAAGGACCUCGACGACGCCGACUUUACCCAAAAACACAGCACCACCUCCGACGCCAUCGACGACGCAACCUGGCGCCGCGCCAAGCGCAAAAUGUCCGAGAAGGCGCGCCUGUACGCGGCCAUGAAGCGCGGCGACGUCGAAGACGGCGACGAGCGCUACGCCGUCGACUUCGACCGCAAGUGGGCCGAGAAGGAAGCCGGCGGCGGCGGCACCACCUCUGACGAUUCCGACGACGACGACGACGACGACGACGACGACCCCGCCGCAAAAGAAGCCGUCGAAUACGUCGAUGAGUUCGGGCGCACGCGCACCGGCACCCGCGCCGACGCCGCGCGCGCCCAGCGCCGCCAGCACGCGCAGGCCGACGAGCCGGACCGGUUCACGGCGCGGCCGGCUGCGCCCGCAAACCUCAUCUACGGCGACACGGUGCAGAGCGCGGCGUUCAACCCGGACGAGGCGGUCGCGCAGCGCAUGGCUGAGAUGGCGGCGCGGCGGGACAAGACGCCCUCGCCGCCGCCGGACGCGCAUUUCGACGGGCGCGCCGAGAUCCGCACCAAGGGCGUGGGGUUCUUCCAUUUCUCGAAGGAUGAGGAGGAACGGAAGCAACAGAUGGAGGAGUUGAAGCGCGAGAGGAAGGAGACGGAGGAGAAGCGCGGGGAGAGGGAACGCAAGCGGGAGGAGCGGAAACGCGAGGUCGAGGAGCGGCGGAAGGCGAUUGCUCAGAAGAGGAGCAAGGCGAAGGCGGACAAGUUUCUGGAUGGCUUGAUGGGCGAGCUGGAGGGCAAGGCUGGCAGUGCUAAGCAGAGCCAAACCACGCCACCGCACAGCACCCUAGCAGUAGCUAGCUCCGCCAUCCGCCCCGCUCCACCCAUCGCACGCCCAGGCACCCUGCGUACCACACAGCAAAGCAAAGCAACAAGCAAGCGCGCAAGCUAG